GUGCAUUCACUUCAGGAAGUGGUUGGAUUUAGUUUCCCAAUGCAAAGAAUCUGAAGGGUCAAUGGGUAGGUAAGAGUUUCAUUGGAUUUCAAGUGCGGUGAGUUAUUUUGUGAAGAAGCUGAAGCAUUAGAAUUUGAGUUUAAACAAUAAUAAUAGUAAAUUUUAUAAGUAAUAAAUUAUAAAUGUAGACUAAAAAUCCUUGCAAAUACUAACAUAAUAACUUAUAACAAAGUAAUUGGUAGAAGAUAUGUCUUCUGAAUAACUGAACCUGAGAGUGUUGGUAGAAUGGCUAAAGUUUGUGCAUUCAGUUCAGAAAGUGGUGGGUUUAGUUUCCCAAAGCCAAGAAUAUGAAGGGUCAAUGGGUCGGUAAGAGUUUCAUUGGAUUUCAAAUGCGGUGAGUUAUUUCUUUGAAGAAGCUGAAGCAUUAGAAUUUGAGUUUGAGACUAUAAAAUGCUUUUCAUUUACCAUCAGAGUAUUAUAUUUUGCACUUCAUGUGUUCGAAACAAUGACAGAUAGAAUAAGCAGUUUGCCAGAUGAAAUGUUAUGCCACAUUCUCUCUUUUCUCCCAUCCAAAUUAUCUGUUUCAACCAGCAUUCUCUCCAAGAGGUGGAAACCUCUCUGGCGCUCAGUUCCUGCUCUCGACUUUUACGAUCCUCGUGAACGUCCAGAUCUUUUUCUUUAUAUGUGCAUGUAUGUCUUUUCCUAUAUGUUGAGACAACCCAUUCAAAGAUUACAUCUCAGAAUUUCUCCUUUUCAACAAAGACAGCUUGAUGGUGAAGAAAUAUUGUCAUUUGUUAGAGAUGUUGUGUUCGGAGGCACAGUUCAACAUCUUGAUCUUCAUCUUAAUUUUUCUUCUUGUAUUGAUAUGUCAUCUGACCUUCUUUGGUGCAAAAAUCUUAGGCUUCUCAAAUUGAAUAAAUUAACAUUAACAUUCUGCUAUUCUGCUGAAUUUCCUUUAAUUAAAGUCCUGCAUCUUCGCAAUAUUCAGAUUUUAGAUGGUAAUCAUCUUCAACAGAUUCUUUCUGCAUGUCCCAAUGUUGAGGAUUUGAAAAUCUUGAAUAUCGAUAAUGUAUUUGUUGACUACGAGGAUGUGAACCAGUUUAAGCGAUUGCCUAAUUUGCUUAGAGCUGAUAUUGAUGAAAAUGUAGUUCCCCUGGAAGUUGUUGGCAAUGUUCAGUUUCUGGGUAUAAAGAUUAAGGUCUAUCAGGAAAAGAUUAAUGCCCCAAUUCCUGAAUUUCAUCAUUUAACUCACCUUAAAGUCCACAAUACUUAUGUUAAUCAAACUAGAUACUUUCAUGAUGUGCUUGAAGUGGUGAAGCAUUGCCACAGGCUUCACAAUCUUUCAAUUGAGAUGGAGUACUGGGGCAAACCUAAUAACAUUGAUGAUUGGGCCUCCUCAGAGUGUGUUCUAAACCUCGAGACAUGUACUCUAAAUAAGUAUACUGGAGCGCACUGGGAGUUGGAAUUUGCAAAAUGUAUUAUGGAGAAUGCAAAAUUUCUGAAGGAUAUGAUAAUUUGUUGUGACAGUGAUCGAACAAGGAAGACGCUUGAAGACAUGAAGGAACUGACAUCAUGUUCAAGGCUCUCUCCAACUUGUAACCUCUCAUUUAGGAGUUUUUAAGGAUGUUUUCAUGUGUUGUUUUGGUUUCUGAAUGUUUUUGUUUGGCCAUAUUGUUUACACAAUUUGAUUUUCUCCAAUAUAAAGUUUGUUUUAUAUAUUGAUCAGUAGG